CUGGCAAUAUCCGGUGACGGUUGCAUCAGUCUUGGGACCGUUAGUCCCGCCCCUCGAAAGGCGGGCAGGCUGGGCCGGGUGGAAAGUCCCCAGGUCAGUUCCUGGAACUGGGUGGUCCGGAAAGUUUCGGUCUGAUUGUGUUCCCCUGCCUCGGGCCAGUUCGCCUUACCGUCGUCAUCACACGGGAGGAAACACGGGUGACCGUUGACAUGGCAGAUUUGCGUGCUCAGUGCUUGGAUUGGCUGUGAGUGAAAUCCCGAGAAAGACUCCUGGCGACUGAGUUGUUGACAAUGGAGCCUCUGGAAUCAGUGACGUUUGAAGAUGUAGCGAUCAACUUCACCCAGGAAGAGUGGGCCCUGCUGGACACAUCCCAGAAAACCCUGUUCAGAAACGUGAUGCUGGAAAAUAUCACCCACCUGGUCUCCGUAGGGUAUCAGAUCAGCAAAUCAGAUGUGAUUUCCCAGCUCGAACAAGGAAAAGAGCUGUGGAGUGAAGCAACAGGAUGCCUCCAAGGCCAGAGUCCAGGCCCUGGUGGUGACACAGCUCUGAUCAUCAGCUCCACUGGUCAUGUUUCCCAGAAUGUCACGACCCUGCUACUCGGGAAAACCCAGGACGAGACACUCUGCGCCUAA